AAAACUUUGAUAUCUUACAAUUUUUUUUAUAAACUUGUGCUUCCCAUUCAAGAACACUAGUAAUACUCAAUAUUCAAGAAAUUAAAACAGCAUUUUUUUCUUCUCAAUGGAGGGAUUAUGUGUAAAGCUUUUUGAAGCAUCAAGAAAGUACAAAAUGAAGAGACAUAAAGCUGAAGCAAUAGGAAUGGUAGAUAGUUUUGAGGCAAGUCAUGAAGGGAUCAAAACUAUUGAUAUCCAAAAACGUUGUGAAUUCUCUGGAACUUCUCAUCUUUGCAUCUAUUUCGUCACUUGGAAUAUGAACGGUCAGGUACCUUGUGAGGAUAUAGCAAAAUUAGUUGGUGAAGACAGAAAAUAUGAUUUAUUGGUGAUGGGUUUGCAAGAGGCACCUAGAAAUAAUAUUUGCAAGUUAUUGAAGAACACAUUGGCUGAUACUCAUAUGCUUUUAGGAAAAUCAGUAAUGCAAUCUGUACAACUCUAUGUGUUUGGACCCAAGAAUUCAGAGCAAUUUACAAGAGAAGUAAAAGUGGAUAAGCAUGAAGUUGGAGGAUUAGGUUGGUUAAUCAGAAGAAAAAAAGGAGCAGUGGCUAUUAAAAUUAGCUACAAAGGCAUACAAAUGGUUUUUAUUUCUUGUCACCUCUCUGCUCAUGCUCGUAAUGUAGAAGAGAGGAAUUUGCAAUUCAAACAUAUAUCAAAUUCACUUUUCUCAAAGAAUAAGAAUCCUUAUGCUAAAUCAGCACAACUUACUGUAUGGUUAGGAGAUUUAAAUUAUAGACUCCAAGGCAUAAAUUCUCAUCCUGCUAGAGAUCUCAUCCAUGGAAAUCUCCACCAAAUGUUGACUAGCAAAGAUCAACUAUUACAAGAAGCAGAAAGAGGAGAGAUUUUUAAUGGUUAUUGUGAAGGUGCAUUAGAUUUUAAACCAACUUAUAAAUAUGAUAUUGGAAGCAGCAGUUAUGAUACAAGUCACAAGGUUAGAGUACCAUCAUGGACAGACAGAAUAUUAUUCAAGAUAGACAGUGACAAUGUAAAUGCAACUUUACAUUCUUAUGAAGCCAUUGAAAGCAUACAAAGCUCUGAUCAUAAGCCAGUCAAAGCUCAUCUAUGCUUAAAAUUGAAAAAAUAAUUGAUAUUCAUAUUCCUCACAAAUAAUUUGUUCCAAAAUUAAAUGUUUUUAUGAAGUACAUUAAUGAUUAAUUAAUUAAUUAACCAUGUGAAAAUAUUCUUUUAUUGUUGUUCGUUUAUGGGUUCAACAUAUUUUAUUUUUUUUUGCUUCCUCCUACAUGACCAAAUGUAAGUUAUUGUAAGGAGUCGUGACACUGUUCCACUCUUAAUUAGAUGUUUUGGAUUUGAGAAUUACAUACGAAGAAAAUCAUUUUGGCAGUACCACCCCCACAGGGCCUUGGAGUGUGCGAUCUGGAUUGAGUCAAGGUUUUCAAUGUGAGCUUCGGACAUUAGAUGAGAAAAAUUACUAUUGGAUUGAUUCUGAUUUAUAAAUGUAAUUUAAGCAUUUGAUACCGCCAUCAUAAAAUGUAAAGAUCUUUUUUACACUUCAUCAA